UGAAAAGUGUGCGCUCUUUUUCUACAAAAACCGUCGCCAAGAUAGGACGUGUGUGUUGGCUGCGCCGCUGAUUUGGUUGCCGUCGCUGAAAACAGUACAAAAAUCAGUAGAAUCACUCCACCUUUACACCAGCUCCAGACUCGUGCUAAGAGCCCUACUCCUUCAGCCAAGAACAGAGACCAACCAGGACCUACAACAAACUACCAGCAAAAUGCCGCAGAAGACAAAUGGACACAGCAGCGCCAAUGGUUGCAAUGGCAGCAAUGGCAACUCCUACGACAUGGAGGAUGGCCAGACAUUCCUCUUCACUUCCGAGUCCGUCGGCGAGGGACACCCAGACAAAAUGUGCGACCAAAUCAGCGACGCUAUCUUGGAUGCCCAUCUGAAGCAGGAUCCCAACGCCAAGGUGGCCUGCGAAACUGUUGCCAAGACCGGCAUGAUCCUGCUCUGCGGUGAGAUCACAUCAAAGGCCGUCGUGGACUACCAGCGAGUUGUGCGUGAGACUGUCCAGCACAUUGGCUACGAUGACUCGUCCAAGGGUUUCGAUUGGAAGACCCUAAACCUGCUUGUUGCCAUCGAACAGCAGUCGCCCGAUAUUGCCAACGGCGUGCACAUCAACCGCGAAGAGGACGACGUCGGCGCUGGUGACCAGGGCAUCAUGUUUGGCUAUGCCACCGAUGAGACCGAGGAGUGCAUGCCCCUCACCGUCGUCCUGGCCCACAAGCUGAACGAGAAAAUCGCCGAGCUGCGUCGCUCCGAUGUCUUCUGGUGGGCUCGUCCCGAUUCCAAGACCCAAGUCACUUGCGAGUACCUCUUCAACCAGGGUUCGGCCGUGCCCAAGCGCGUCCACACCAUCGUUGUGUCCAUGCAGCACUCGGAGAAGAUUUCGCUGGAGACCCUGCGCUCCGAGGUGAUGGAGAAAGUUGUCAAAGUCGUCAUUCCCGCCAAAUACAUUGAUGCCAACACCAUUGUCCACAUCAAUCCAUGCGGACUCUUCGUCAUCGGCGGCCCCAUGGGCGAUGCUGGUCUAACGGGCCGUAAGAUUAUCGUUGACACCUAUGGAGGAUGGGGUGCCCAUGGUGGAGGUGCUUUCUCGGGCAAGGAUUUCACAAAGGUCGACAGAUCGGCGGCUUAUGCCGCACGCUGGGUGGCCAAGUCGCUGGUGAAGGCCGGUCUGUGCAAGCGAUGCUUGGUCCAGGUGUCGUACGCCAUCGGUCUGGCCGAGCCGCUGUCCAUCACUGUCUUCGACUACGGCACUUCCCACAAGUCGCAAAAGGAGCUGCUGGAAAUUAUCCGGCGCAACUUUGACCUCAGGCCCGGCAAGAUUGUCAAGGACUUGAACCUGCGCCAGCCUAUUUACCAGCGUACCAGCACAUAUGGCCACUUUGGACGCGCCGGCUUCUCGUGGGAGGAGGCCAAGCAUUUGGAGAUCAAUUGACUAGACGCCGACGAGUCACCGUGUGCUAAAAGGUUGAAGACAUCGUCAUCAUCAUCCGCGUCAACAACAACAGAAACAGCAACCGCAAAAGCAACGUAAUUUUUAAUUUCGUUUUGUUUAAGUUGCAAAAAGCGGUUCGAGCUCUUUGCUAUCCUUAAAACCAAUCUGAUGUAGUUGUAGUCGUCAUCCCCCACGCAUAUAUAUACUUAAUAGAGAGCUCUCCCACACCAGAAUUGAUGAGCUUUAGUUUUACAUAUACAUAGUAUAGAGUCGUCGCGUCGCUCACACAAAAAGAAACCGAGUAGUUAGCCCCUUGAAAAGAAAAACCCUUGAAAUUGUAUAAAAAACAACUUGCGAUAUCCUCCGUUGCCUAGAAAUUAUGCACACCAUUCUCAUGCUUAAUUGUACACAUAUUUUUGUAUCUUUUACUAUAUCUGCCUAUAUGUUGUCGAUUGUGUGCGUUGUAUAUGUAUAUGUUUAACACAAAAGUUUUUAAACAACUCGAUUGUAUGUAUAUUACACACUAUUACUAUGCUAUAUAUACUGUCUUUGUAUGUUCUGUAGCCAACCAACCAUAAGAUAAUGUAUUUUCCUUUACAAAAAUAUAUUACAAAUACAGAUAGAGGAGUUUGUAAUAAUUAUCCAAACAGAGCAAAA